ACGUGAUCGGAAAGAUCGAAAUGGCGGACGUAUCGGGACGCAGGAUCCCGUGCAUAGACGAAGGACGAUAAACCUGGGUAAAAGACCCGUCAUCCGUGUCAUAGGUGACCGUGUGUCAAUUCCCGCGACGGGUGAGUGAGCUAUUGCGCGUGGGUAGCCGUGGAGGGAGAAUCGCGGCGAUUUGGGGCGCGUCGCGAACAGGCCGGUGUGCGGGGAACAACCAUCGACAGAACCUCUCCGAUCGACGCGUGUUUACCGAAGUGUCAACCCGCCCGUAUUGCACGCGCGCGUGUCUGGUAAUCGGCUGUUCUUCCCGGACCGUUCGGGUCGAGAGGAACAAAAACACGAUCGGGACGCGGUGCGGCAACAGUGAAGCGAUCAUUUGCGUUACUGAUCUCGAUUUUCGGUGCGCUCUUGCAAGUGAAAGACCGAUCUCCGCAAGAAAGAGAGAGAGAAAGAGAGGGAGUGAGUGAGAAGGAUCCGCGCGAGCCUGUGACUCGGGAAGCGGAUGCGAAAGGGAGAAAGAGAUCGCAGUUAGAUCUGGUGGACGGACAGCGAUCGUUUCACGUGGUGGAGGGCUCCUGGCCCCGCGGCAACAUGCGCGCGGACUCGUUGGUUCCAGUGGAUGAUACGUCGCGACAUGUAUCUCAACGACAAAGGAGAUAGAACAGUUUUCUGACUUAGAAAACACCUUGUAAUAAGCGGAAAUGACACAAUCACAACUGUAAACUGUUGCAAUAAAUAUGCUAAAAUACUCAGAAAGAGGAUAAGAAUAUUUACUGUAGGCUGAGGAUCUUGGACUUUUGUCAGAAAAAAAUAAGGAAACAAAGUUACUGCCUAUUAACAAUAGCACAUCUUGUCAUCUGUUUAGUGAACGUUGUGAUAAUAAGUAAUUGGCUGUCACAAAGAUUUCAAUGUCAGUCGAGUAUUAAACGCAUAAUGUUCAACUGAGAUAGCCUAUCUUCUACUAAUUGUAAAAAUACUCUAACUUCUAAUGAACAAAUCAGGAACAAGGACCUAGAAGAAAUUGACUGAAUAUAUCAAUCUAAAAAAGGAAUAACGUAUAUAAAAAGAUUCCACUUUCUGAUUCUAUUUUAUUAUACUGUAAUAACUAUACUAACCAACAAGCCAGAAUACUCUGCGUAUUAUUCUGUCAUAUAAAUCGUUUUAUUCUAUGAAAAGAAAGACUUGAACAUAUAAUUUGGAAGAAUUUUACAAUUUCUUAUUAAUAUGCUUUAUGACCAGAAGAGAUACCUGCAAAGUUUUAUUUUGUCACAGAUUUAUCUUUAAUUAAAAUUUUGAACGAUAUAUAAAUAUACAAGGAAAAGUUGAUUAUCUCUUGACAAGUGAGGGCAAGAAACAAAGCUAAACAAUCCAAACUCUAUCGAAAAUACAACGUAACUCUGUAUAUGUAAACAAACACUGAUGUCAUAUAUAUUUGUGCAAGUUAGUGGAACAAAAUGUAUAAUAAUUACUUUAACCGCUCGAAUCAGUGGUUGUGUAUAACGAAUAAACAAGAAGAAGGAAAUAUAACAUAUUUGAAAUACUGUAUAGAUGAUAGAGGACGUGCGUGCUAACCCUCUAAAGUACAAGGGUUAAAAAUGGACAACAGUGGAUCUGGAGUAGUGCAGGUAUUUGUGGGUGAAUGGAGCCCUGAAUAUGAAGCAUUGUCAAUUAAAGCCACGAAGCAGACCUCAUCGGCCGAGAUAGUGGAGUGUAUCAUCGAGAGACUUGGGCUGGCCGAUAUUUCUGCUUCGAAUGGCUACGAGUUGGCAGAAGUAGUGGGAAAUUCUGUUGGGCAGGAGUGCAAGGAAAGAAGACUUGGCCCUACCGAGUGUCCCGUGGCACUAAUGUUAUUGUGGCCAAAAAAUGACACUCAACAGGAAUAUUACAGAUUUUAUCUACGAAAGAAGCAACCAGACUAUUUAUGGUCUGACAGCAGAUUUCCCAUGGACCCUCAACUCUUAAAAGAUUAUUUCAAUAGAUUCCUUUAUCAACCACGCGACAAGGAGUAUCCGGAUCUCUGUCAGCUUCCAGAUCUGAAUGAGCAAACAUUGUUAGACAAUCUGAGGGCCAGGUUUCUAGCUGGCAACAUAUAUACUUAUGUUGGCAGCAUACUGAUCGCAUUAAAUCCAUUCAAGUUUUAUCCCAUCUACAAUCCGAAAUACGUGAAGUUGUAUCAAAAUAGAAGAUUAGGACCGGACAUACCGCCACACAUAUUUGCCAUAGCCGAUGCAGCCUAUCAUUGUAUGCUGAAAGAGAAGAAGAAUCAGUGUAUCGUUAUUAGUGGAGAAAGCGGUUCUGGUAAAACGGAAUCGACGAAUUUUUUGUUGCAUCAUCUGACGGCACUCAGCCAGAAAGGUUCGCACGGUAGCGGAGUGGAACAGACGAUACUCAGCGCCGGGCCUGUUUUGGAAGCAUUCGGCAAUGCGAAAACGGCGCAUAAUAACAACAGCAGUCGCUUUGGCAAAUUUAUCCAAGUAAAUUACAAGGAAAAUGGAAUGGUCCACGGUGCUGUAGUUCAGAAGUAUCUAUUGGAGAAAUCAAGGAUCGUCUCUCAAGGACGAAAUGAGAGGAAUUACCAUGUAUUUUAUUAUCUAUUAGCGGGUGCAAGCGAACAAGAAAAACAACUGUUGCACUUGGAGAGUUGCGAUCGGUAUAAUUACUUGAAUAAAAGCGGUUGUUACGGGUUGGAAAAUAUUGACGAGAAGCACGAGUUCUCGAGAUUAAAACAGUCAAUGGAGAUGGUGGGUUUCACGCCGGAAAAGCAGAGACGAUUGUUCGCGGUUCUGUCGGCAGUUCUUCUGCUGGGUAAUGUUGAGUUUCAACCGAGAAAAUCAUAUCAUCAUCACGAUGAGGCUGUGGGUGUUAAAAAUCCCGAAGUGGUUGCACUGAUAUCAGAGCUUCUUAGAGUAAAGCAAGAAACUCUGUUGGCUGCACUCACUGCCAAACGUGCAAGAGCUUCCGGGGAGACUCUGGUUAUUAAUUAUAGACUUCCCGAAGCGAUUGCGGCACGUGAUGCCAUGGCAAAGUGUUUGUACGGAGCUUUAUUCGAUUGGAUUGUGCUGCAGGUGAAUCAUGCAUUGCUUUCGAAAAAGGAUACUCUCCGAGAUCAUCAAGGUAAUAGUAUAGGCGUAUUGGACAUAUUUGGUUUUGAGGAUUUCAAGACGUGUAACAGUUUCGAGCAACUGUGUAUUAAUUAUGCGAACGAACAGCUUCAACAUUAUUUCAAUCAACAUGUUUUUCAAUACGAACAACGAGAAUACAGAAAACAGGGGAUUAGAUGGACGGACAUAGGAUACAGUGACAACUCUGGAUGUCUCAAUCUUAUCGAAGGAAAACCGAACGGCCUCUUGUGUCUUCUUGACGAUCAGUGCAACUUUCCUGGUGCAACGAACGAGACGUUGCUGCAAAAAUUCAAUACCGUGCACAAAGAUAAUCCUUUCUACGAGGCGCCGCAACGCCGAGAGGCGGCAUUUGUUGUACGACAUUAUGCCGGCGCAGUUAAAUAUCAAGCUGCCAAUAUGCGGGAAAAGAAUCUAGACUUGAUGAGGCCCGACGGUGUAGUUGGAGUGCUGAAGAAUUCUUCUCUCGCGUUUGUGCGCGAGUUGGUCGGCGCUGAUCCGGUCGCUGUGUUCAGAUGGGCUAUACUGAGAGCUUUCUUUCGCGCGCAUUUUGCAUUUCAGGAAGCUGGUCGAGCGCACAGACACGGUAGAGUGGAUGGCAACAAGACGUCUGUGCAAAAUAGGUAUAGGACACCCAACGAAACGUUGAUAAGUUCACACAAACAUACCCGUCCACCAAGUUAUCAGAAGCAGCGCAGUGUAUGCUUAUCACCGGCCACUACUCCUUCCGCAACCACAUUAUCUUCUAUACAAAAUGAAAACAACGACAAUAUAAACAACAAUCGUUUAUCAUGGCCACAAUUUAGAAACAUUAAUCAAACGCAACAUCCGUCAAACGUUACGUCAACGAAGGGCGGUUACAUAGCACGGGGCAGGGAAGAUCAGCCCUAUAGUAAUAAUAAAUUCAGACGAGAUACUCACACACCGCUAGAGAGGGUGCUUCCAAAAGACGAAGCAAACGUCAUGGAACGCGCUAAUCAAAUUGUCAUGAAAAACAAGUCAUUUCGGCCGAGGGAACGUGGCAAGAAAGGUUUGAAAAAUCUACAAACUGUGAAGACACUCGCCGGAAGAACUCAGAGUUACGGUACCGGACCGGGAAAAGCCAGAAAACAGCCUAUGACCGUGUCCGCCCAGUUUCAGCAGAGCUUGCACAGUCUGAUGGACACCUUGAAUCAAGCUAAUCCCUUCUUCAUCAGGUGCAUCAAGAGCAACGCCAAUAAAGUGCCGAACGAGUUCGACGAAGAGACAGUGCAACGACAACUGCGCUACACAGGAAUGUUGGAAACGGUCAGAAUAAGGCAGGCCGGCUUCAACGUGCGAUUGACGUACGAAGAAUUUAUACAGCUCUAUCGAAUGUUACUGCCCAAAGGUCUUCUGAGCUCGCAAUCGGACGUGAGGGAUUUUCUACUGACGCUUAAUCUCAACAGAGAUAAUUAUCAACUGGGCACUACUAAGGUUUUUCUUCGGGAAUCCGAAAAAAUCAAACUGGAUAUCGAGCUUCAUCAGCAGAUCAUAACGAGCAUUACCACCAUACAAAAGUGGUUCCGCGCCUGUCUGGAAAGGAGAAAAUUCCUCAGACUGAAAAACGCCGUUGUCCAAAUACAAUCCUUCUGGAGAAUGGUCGCCGCGCAGCGACUGACUCAGGUUCUCCGCGCGAGGAACGAGGCCGCGUUGCACAUACAAACCUUCUGGAGAAUGUACAAGCAACACAGCUGGUUUAAAAAGCUGAAAUCGUGCGUUAUCACCUUCCAGGCGUAUGUGAGAGGCAAUAACGCCAGAAAGAAAUUUAAUGAAUUGAAAAAGCGAAGAAAAUCCUUAGCAGAUAAGAUUCAAGAAGUCAAGGAAACUCAAGAAUAUAAAGAGCUUACAUAUGACAAAGUGUGCGCCAAAGAUCGAGAUAGCGACGAGUUGUUCACGGAAGAUCGAAGUUUGACGGAAUAUGGCGUGUUGCCCCGGAAAAUAGAAUCUCAGAAUCGGUUCACGUCAGUUAGGAGCGAAAACGCGCAUUGGGAUACGAGCGCCGUAGAUACCAGUCUAUCGUAUUCCAAACAAAAGUUCACGCCGAACAAGCGGAUUUUGCACGAUUCAACGUAUUCCGAUGAGAUUGCAGAACGCAAGAGCAGUCUCGAAAGUCUGACAAGUCUGAGGAGUUACGAAUCUCAAGCUAGUAUCAACAGUUCCGAGUCGCAGGACAAUUCCGGCUCAAAACCCGUGCCGAGCACAAGAACGAAACGCGGCGAUCAGUCAUCGGUGAUCGGAUCGAAUGUGAACCUGUUGAACGCGUCCAGUCGGCUCUCGAGCAGAAGAACCGACAGCUCGUCAACGGGAUACAGCGACGGUGAAAUCGAAGGCGAGGCACCGAGCGCCGUGCAAAGUGCUCCACCUGUUUUCAACACGAGUUUACCGUUCACCACUUCUCGUGACAUCAAAUAUCACACGGCUAAUGUAAAUCAGACGCAGAGUCCGAAUUCGGACAUCUGGCGUCGCAGAGUAGACUUUUCGCCCAAUUACAACGACUACUUUACAUCGGCACCUCAAAAAGCGACUGUCACUCGUUCCCCGAAUGUUUCUCAUUACAAGAACGUGACGGAUAGUGUUUUCGAGCACACUCGGCAAGAUAAACCGAACGAAGCGGCAAACUACAAUGUCAAACUUGACACGAGCGAUCGCUUCGCACAAAUGGAAAGUUUAGCAAGUGUCAGGCAACAGCGUAGACUUAGCGAUAACAGCGUAUCUGACGAACGAGCGGAGAAUAUUUCGUUAUCACCGAUAAAACGGGUUCAGAUGCAACAAGCAGCUGCGAAGAGUGUCAAAGAUCCCAGCUUCUUGCGACGACAAAACUCGGAAGGCGAUACCGCGAAAGUCGUAGACAUUGUAAACGAUGACAGCACUUUGAAGUGUACUUUAUUGAGAAGAUCGCCUCCGAAAGAGAAGAACUCCCGUACGAAAGAGAAACACGAGCCGGACGUGCCGGUGAGGAGCGCGAGACGAAACAGACCCUCGCGAGAAGUUCAGUGUCGAUCUAUGGGCGAGAGCGUAGGAGCCGAGGCGAACGCCGAAACGCGAAAUCUGCUUCUCAGCACGAUUAAAGAAAGUGACAUGAACAAAUCGGCAACCGUAUGGUCGCGGAAGGAGCCUCCCCAUGAAACCACAUCCAGAUCCGUGACAGAUUGGCCCAUAAAUAAGAACGAAGCUAAGGGACAGCAACCGUGCGGUAAACGCAUGAGAUCCAACGCGAUAACGACUCUCGAGCUGCGGAGAAGAAAUUCUGAUCCGGCCACAAAGAUUUCGGGUCUGAGCGAAGAUAAAAGUGGAACGGACACCAAUCCGAACGACCUGAAACUCGCGCCCGGCAUGAAUCUUCUCGAAUGGAAAGGUAAUAAUCUGUUUACUCUGGCCGGUCAUCGUUUUCGAAAAGUGGCGAGGUUCGCGAAGGACGACGUUUGCGUGUGUUGUCAUGAGAAAAUGGACGCUUUCGUGACACAAGGUUACAAAUGCGUCGAUUGCAAACAACUGUAUCACGUCAAGUGCAUUCAGAACGGAGGUGUGUUGAAAAUGCCGUGUUUGUUCGCCAACACGCCAAAUCGACGAAAAAAUCGAAAACCACCGCGUACACCGUACGACACCACGAAACAAACGGUCGCAUCCAAGUUCAGCUUAACCGGUACGUCGGCCUUCUCCGACAGCACGGACAAAAUUAUAUCCGACGCUAAGGAGUUGGCGCUAAUGCAGGAAUUUAUCACCAAAAAGAUCUACAUAAUGGAGGGUCAAGAAGAGGGACGGAAGCCGAGCGAGGUGGAUCACGUUUUCAAGCAAGCACUUAGAAAGUUCAAAGAAGAUCUAGUGAUUACGUACAGUGUCGCCAUUCAGCAAGGUGUAGAGGGUAACAUCAAAUACACCGAUCUGAUCGCUAAUUUUCUACACGUUAUGGAAACUGUUUGCAAGCAGGAGAACACAAGGGAGGACUUUCCCGUAACGAUGGGCGUGAAUGCGUUCAGAGGCUUUAUGAAUGAAUUCAUGACAAUCGUUAAAACCGAAGCUCCCGAUAAGCAGAGCAGGAGUAAGCGAAAAAAGGAGAAGAAACGAAAGCAGGAGGAACCCAUACGACACGGCAGUCACAUGUUCCAGUUGACUAUCAUCAACAUACCCACUGCUUGCGAACUCUGCAAUUCUUUCUUCAUGUGGCCUAUCGAGCGAGGGCUUGUUUGUCAAAAUUGCAAAUUAACCUGUCACAAGAAAUGCUAUUCGAAAGCGGCGACGGAAUGUGGCAAGGAUUGUUCGUUACCCGAAACGAAUUCGCGCAAGGUAUUUGGUGUACCGUUGUACAAUUUGGACUGUGGGGACGGCAAAGUACCGCUCGUGGUGGAUCGACUGAUCACGACCAUUGAGAUGCACGGUCUGUACACCGAGGGUAUAUACAGGAAGAGCGGCGUUAGCUCCAAAGUGAGAGAGCUCAAGAUGAAGAUGGACGAGGGCGAUUUGGAAAAAGUGGAUUUCGAGAACUACCAGGUGCACGUAUUGGCGGCUGUAUUAAAGAGCUUCUUCAGAGACAUGCCGGAACCGCUACUGACUUACGAGUAUUACGACGACUUCUUGCACGCAGCGAGCCUGACGGAUCCGCAUGAUCGAAUUAGCACGCUCUUUGCCAUAUUGAAGAAAUUGCCGAAACCCAAUUACGAUCUGAUGGAACGCCUGAUCGUCCAUCUCGCGCGAGUGGCGCGACACGAGAUGGACAACAGGAUGUCGCCGUCGGCUCUGGCCAUCGUUUUCGCGCCGUGUAUUCUCAGAACGAAUCGAACGUUGCCCGCGCAGGAUUCUCUUCAGGACGUUGGCAGACAGACCCGUUGUGUCGAGACUAUAGUGCAAGAGAAAUUGAGAGUCGUUCGAGCGACGUUGGCGGACAUAAACACCCUCGAGUCCGCCUGUCAGACAGCGACUCAUCGGCUUUCCAGUCUACGAUCGUCCAAGAUCUUCAGCCCGGAGGAAUUGAACGUGGCGGCAGCGAGCGCCGCGGGUCGAUCGGGCGCGAUGGACCGCGACAGAGAUCGAGGAGACGAGGAAGAAGCGCUACUCGUUGAUCAUAUACAAGAGAUUCAAAAGGAAAAGGCACUCCUGACGUCCACCUUACCCAGUUUGACCAGAGCUUCUUCGGACGAUGAUCUCCUUCUCUCGGCCACGGAUCUAGACGAUGGUUCGCUUGAUGAUCUUCUUCCUCCUUCCGCUGACGGACUAGUAAGGAAGAAAACCGUUCAAAGGCAAAGUUCGGCAGACAAUUCGUUUCCAACGAUUAUCAAUGUGGAUGACGACAUGGUAAUGGUAUGAGCAUCGACCGCAUGUAACUUUCAAAAUGCGUUCUAGAAGGUCAUAGUAAUCCGGCUAAGAUGGUACGAGAUGUGUCUCGCGUUUAAGACACGGAAUCAACGACUCCAAUCGCUGGGUCUACCAGCGAGUUAUUAGCGUUUUCGAGAUUUAUUAGCGAAUUCAAUUAUAUAGAUAGUUCUUGUAAUUUGUUGACUCCAUGUGAAAGUUUAAUUGUAAACGACUGAAAGAUAAUUUUAUUUUUUCGUCAGAGAGCUAAGUAGAAAUGUCUAAAAAAAAAAAAAAAACUAUUUCAUGUGUAUAAUAGGAAAAAGGAAAACACACAACUGCACAAAUUUUUAAUUUCGCCACAUCAUUUCACUCGCAAUGCAUUCCUCUAUAAAGACUGUUAAAAGUAUUUAGGCGCAAAUGUUUUCUCGCCUAUAGAUCCCAAAAACAAAAUUUCAUUCAACGCGCCGCUUCGCACUCGAAAUGUAAAACAUGCAAAAAUCUUUUAGACAGUAUAUUUGAAGAAAAAGCGCACCAGCUUUUAUACAUGUGUAUCACGUAUUUUAAGAAAUUUCCGCUUCUCGAAAUGAUGAGGAACUCGUGCCGAAUUAUUUGUUUUACAAAUUUUACGUUUAUAAAAAAAAAUGUAAUUUAUUGUGUUGCGUCUCUUGUUGCAAUUCUCACGGUAUAUACAUAUAUAUAGAUAUAUAUAUAUAUAUACACACAUAUAUAAAAACGUUCUUUUUUUCUACGGAGAGAGAAAAUCCUUCUAACGUAUUGUGUGUAGGAUGCGCUGUUCCUUUAGGAUUACUUAUUUAGCCUUAGUAGAUCUGCCGCUUCGAAAACAAAAAAAAAAAACCAUCUCUUCCCAAAGGAUCUACUUGUCACGGUUCAAGUAGGAAUCGAUAAGACGAUUGCCUUGAAUUCCUGCGACGUGGUUUUUUAUUAUAUUGUAUUUUGUUAUCAUAUGUCCUAUAUAUGACGAUAGUCGAGUUUAGAGCGUUAGGUUUUAUAGAUGCAGGAGUUUGAGGAAAACGGCCAAGAGAGAGAGAAAGAGGAAACCAAAACAUAGUUUGUACAUAUUAUACAAUGUAACAAUUUCAUAUAUAUAUUAUACAUAUGUAAUAAUUUGUUAUUAUUGUUAAAUUUUUGAAAGGGAGACGCGCAAUCAACAAGAUUUAUAUUUCUACUGUGCGCGCCUCUCGAUAUUUGUUGUAUAAGUCAAAAAAUAUCGAGUCUCUAUCAAUAA